UAAUAAUGCUAAAGUAAGGGAGGCUUUGUAGCUUAUCCUUUCACUCUCCCAGUACCAAACGGGUCAAACCCCAAAACAACAAAACCACAGCCACUGCAAGACCCAAGGAGGUCAUCAAUUUAGGCAUGGCAACCUCAUCAAGCGACGAUUUCUCAGUAUUUGUGUUAGCAUCAGAUUUAGGCAUAGAUGCUAGACCCUUUCUCACAAACAAAGAAAGGGAACAAAAUCAAGAAAACCCAGAACCUGAAAACUGGCACGAUUGUUCUCAGGAUUUUAUUUCAGAUGAAGAUUUCUCUGAUCUUGAUCUCUUGCAGUUCUUUACCCUUCAAGGUUCUGAUAAGUCUGGAAACCGUAUCUUUCGUAUUGUUGGCAAGUACUUUCCUGCUCAAGUUGUGAGUGGGGGGCGACUUAAGAAGAAUAUUUUCCAUAAAAUAUGUAGUGAGUUACCUGAGGGACCUCUCUGCAUUGUUUACAUGCACAGUACUGUGCAAAAGGAGGACAAUUCACCAGGUGUAACUAUCUUGAGGUGGAUUUAUGAAGAGCUUCCUGCUGNCAUCAAGGAUAGGCUUCAAACUGUGUACUUCAUUCACCCAGGGCUACGCUCAAGGCUUGUCUUUGCAACCCUUGGUCGAUUCUUCUUGAGUGGAGGAUUAUAUUGGAAGAUCAAGUAUGUGAGCCGCCUUCAGUACCUUUGGGAAGACAUUAAGAAAGGAGAGAUCGAGAUCCCUGAAUUCGUGCAAAAUCAUGACAAUAUUCUUGAGAACAGACCCCUGACAGAUUAUGGCAUUGAACCAGACCCUUUUCACUUAAGUGAGAUGCCUAUGACAGCCUACUCAUUUGGGAGGUAUGAAGAGAGAUGGUCGUCAAGGGAAUUUGCAUCGUAGUUUCACCUUGAGAUUACCCUGAUCCUUUUUAAUUAUGUUCAAGGUUGUUUGGUGGUGACUUAUCAUAUGAAAGGAAGAACUGUACAGAACAAUCUAAUGUUGUGUUAUGUCUAGCUUCCUGUUGUUCAGCUGGACUCGAUGCUUGAACAGGAAAAUUAAGCGAUGUCUUAGCACUGAAGGACUGUAUACUAUUUGUAGCUCCCCCUAGGUAUGCAAGUCAGUUUUCCUCGUCUGUUGCUAAGUUGAUAUGAUUAUCUUUAUUGUGUACUCAUCUAGUAGAUCAGGUUGCUACAUUCACAUCGAUUCAUUGAAGCAUGAUAACAGAUUUAACCCCAUCAAAGAAAGGAUAGGCAAAUUCAAAUGGUUGCCUAGUGACAGAAAUGUCAUGAAUUAUCAAGCUCUCUGUACUCCAGGGAAAACAAAAUCUAUUUAUGAAUCAACUGGAGCACUUGGUUCAAACUUCAAAAUGGUCCAUGAGAAAGACCAUCCAGGUCACGGAAAAGCUAAUAUAAUAAUAAUCUGGCAAGUACUUUGCCGGAAUGAUAAAGCCAGAAUUUAACGGCCAACGUUGAUUGUUGAGGAAACCGUAGUUACAUAGUUAUAAAACCCGACUGGAUUGGGUGGGAUGCCUUGAGUUAACUUAACUUCGUUUAUAUUUUAUUUUUAAAAAAAAGAACCUACAUAUUCCAUAUAUAGGCACCGUUGUGGCUGUGACAUGCAACCCUGUCUCGAAAUGGAAAGGUCCACCCAAACCCAAAUAUACUGUAUAUGAAGCACUACAACAUGCUCGUGACCUCUACAAGUACUAACUUCAAAAGUAUAGGAUGACUGCUUCUAAAUCAUCUGAUGAUAAUGAACCAGCAUUAAUGAGCUUUCAUUCCCAGAGUUAAGAGAUAAACUGCUUGCUGUUGAUCCUCUCAACAAAGACCAUGUUGUAAGGGUCAGUCGUGCUGAGGCUGAGUCCUGAAGGACGUUCCUCUCAACAAAGACCAUGUUGUAAGGGUCAAUCGUGCUGAGGCUGAGUCCUGAAGGACGUCAGAAGGAUACAGGGUGGGAUGGAGUGAUGAAAUUUUGGGCUUUGAUUGCGGGGACCAACAGUGGUUCUCAGAAACUUGUUUUCCUGUUGGUAACCAUGCCAAGCCAAGCAUGAAAGACCUUGAAUUCAUAGAGGAGCUGAAGCAGCUCAUAGAGAAAGAAGAGAUGCUUCCACCUGCUCCCAUGGAGCAGCGAUGGACAGCUUGCAGCCAGAGCUCCAUGAGCCCAGCUUCAAGCUCAGCAGAGGAUGAUAUAUUCUCGUGGGUUGGUAUGAUCAUGCAUCUUCCUACAACGGUUGCCCGCCAAAGAAAGGAAAUCACAGAUGAGUUCUUCCACUACAGGCAUCUGACUCAGGCAGAGCUGUGGGAUAGGUAUUCCGCUUAUAUAAACUCUGGGCUAAAAUUGAGGUUCCGAAGGACAAGGAUGAGCUUGCAGCUCUUCAAGCAAGGUGAAGAAAGCGCUUUCCUGUGGAUGCAUAUAACAAUGCAAGGAAAGAAUUGGACCCCAACAGGAACCUUUCUAACAACAUGCUGGAUCCCAUCUUCGGAAACAAAUGGAAAAGCAUCCUUCGGUGGUUGGUUAGUCAUUUUAUUCUUUUGUAUCCUUUUUAUUUUUGGAUACAUCAUAUGUAUUGUCUUUUAGUCAAUCUGCUUGGAGCUUCAGCAUAAAUACCUGACUGCACACCAACUUGAGAGAACUGUCAAUAUAGAAUAACAUGUUAUAUUUAUGAA